AUGGCUUUUGUUGCUAAUUUGUUUUCAUCCUCGAGGGACAGAAAUUCUAAUAUUCAACCUGAACCAGACAAGUAUGACUUCAUAAUCGUAGGCGCUGGCUCAGCUGGAUGUGUUAUAGCUAAUCGAUUAACUGAAAUUAAGAAGUGGAAUGUACUUUUAUUGGAAGCUGGUGUGGAAGAACCGCAGGUAACCGAGGUUCCAGCUUUCAGGUCUCUCAUUCCAAGAAGUAAUAUUGAAUAUAAUUAUCAGAUACAAUCAGAGAAGAUGGCAUGUAAAUCAAAAUCAUGCUCUUUAACCCCAGGAAAGUUAAGUAUCAGUUCGGUAAUGGGUGGAUCGAGCGCAGUAAACGGCAUGGUUUACGCUAGAGGUAAUCGAGAGGAUUAUGACAAUUGGGAACAAUUGGGAAAUACUGGAUGGAGCUACGAGGAUGUACUGCCUUAUUUUAAAAAAUCGGAAGACAAUCGAGACAAGGAUAUUGUGGAAAAUAAUCCAGGGUAUCACGGAAUAGGUGGAUAUCAAGGCAUUCAAAGACUGCCGUGUUCGGAUUCAAACGGAAAAAUAAUAAUCGAAGCUCUUCAAGAAAUCGGAUACGAUAAGAUAGAUGCAAGUGGCGAAAAACAAAUAGGUGUAAUGGACACACAAUACAUCAGUAAAGACGGAAUGCGCCAGAGCACAAAUAUUGCCUUUAUCCGUCCAAUCAGAAAAAAGAGAUCCAACCUUUUUAUAAAAACAGAGUCCACCGCAACAAGAGUACUAAUCGAUCCAAAAACAAAAACGGCAUAUGGCGUUGAAUAUAUCUCUGACGGAAUUUCUAAAUUUGCGUAUGUCAAGAAAGAAGUUAUUCUAUCAGCAAGUACUUUCGAGUCACCAAAACUUCUGAUGCUUUCUGGAAUAGGACCGGCAGACGAUUUAAAACAACACAACAUCAAUGUCAUCCAUGAACUGCCUGUUGGUCGUCACAUGCACAAUCAUAUAAAAGUAGGUGGACUGGAAUUUUCCUUCCCGAAUGAAAGUUACUGGACUUUAACAACCUUAGAGAAAAUGAGAGAUGACGUGAACUAUUAUUUGAAGUCACACAGUGGUCCACUGUCUUCAAGAGGUCCUGCAGAGGCUAUGGCUUUUCUGAGAACCAAAUACGAAGAAAAUGAAAAAGUUCCUGAUAUACAAUUGCAAUUCGGUUCCCACUCCCCUCAAUAUAUUCCACAGACAUAUUAUGAUUCCUUUGGUGUCUCUAUAUUUUUGUUGAAUCCUAAAAGUAGAGGAUAUAUGACACUUAAUGAUACCGAUCCAAUUUGGGGAAAUCCGUUGAUAUAUUCUGGUUACUUUUCGGCUGAGUCCGAUUUCGAUGUUAUGGUUGAAGGUAUUCGAAUGGCCUUAAAAAUAGCAGACACAAAAGCUUUCAAGAAAAAUGGAUUUAAACUUGAUAAGACUUCUCCAAAGGCCUGCAAAAAUUUGAACUAUGGCACAGAGAGAUAUUGGAAAUGUCAUUCAAUAGAGAAUGCAAGGAUUGUUCAUCACCAUGUUAGUACAUGUAAAAUGGGACCAAAAAGUGAUCCUGAAGCAGUUGUUGAUCCAAGAUUACGGGUUCAUGGUGUAUAUGGACUUAGAGUUGCAGAUGCGUCAAUUAUGCCACAUGUUAUUCGAGGCAAUCCUCUUGGACCAGUAAUUAUGAUUGCUGAAAAAGCUAGUGAUAUUAUUAAGAAAGAUUGGCUUUUUCAGUAA